CUUUGCUCGUCUCUCGGUCGGUAUGGAGGUCACUUCACUGCUCGCCAUCGCCUGCUCGUUAGUCCUGACCGCCUGCGGCCAGUCGCCCACCUUCUCCCGCACGUCCAGCAGGGACGGCCGGUGCAUUUACUCGUUCACCGUGCCCAGCCCAGCGGAGGCGAGCUGUUCCGAGCCGGGGGAAGCGCUGAGAGCCGUGCGGGAGCUGCAGAGGGAGCGGGCGGCGCAGCGGGGGGAGCUGGAGGCGAUGGAGCAGCGGCUGCGGCUACUGGAGGGGAGGCUGGCCGGCCGGGAGGAGGCAGCGGCAGCGGCCGGCGAGGAGGGCAAGCUGCGGGCGGAGAAAGCCGACUUGCUGCGGAGGCUGGAGGCGGCGGAGCAGGAGAACGCCCGGCUCCGGGACGGUCGCUGCCCCGGCCACAGAGACUCUGCCCGGGACAGUCAGCACGUCGCCCGCGGGGGGAGGCAAGAUUUGUUCAAUUUACCUUCACGAAAGAGAGCGCAGUCUGGCCGAGAAGCCUCCAAGUGGAACUUUGAAAGCACUGGGUAUCAAGAGCUCAAAUCGGAAAUUAUCACAGAGAUUCCUGCUUCAAAACUUGCGCCCCGGGGCGAGUCUGGCGGCACGUCACAAAACCCAGGUUGUGGGAUGUUGGAAUGGGUGGGAGAACCUGUGACAUUCCAAAAGGCCGACUCCAUUGUAGGUAGAUAUGGAGUUUGGAUGAAAGAUCCCGAGCCUGUUCCACCACACAGCAGGGAGCAUAUCUGGAGGAUCAACACAGUUGGCACCGACAUUCGGCAGCUUUACGAGUACCAAGACCUCGAUCAGUUCAUGAAGGGCCAUGUCAGCAAGGUUUACUUGUUACCAGAACCAGUGGAAAGCACGGGGGCCACAGUCUAUCGAGGAUCCUUGUACUACCAGAAACGCAAGUCAAGGACCUUAUUGAGAUUUGAAAUGAAGUCGGAGACAAUUUUGGUUCGAAAGGACUUGGCCAAUGCAGGUUACAGAGGAGUCUUUCCAUACUCUUGGGGUGGCUAUACGGACAUAGACUUUGCAGUAGACGAGUUGGGGCUCUGGGUGAUUUACAGCACCAAUCAGGCUUACGGAGCUAUCGUGAUCUCCAAACUGGACCCCAACACCCUGGAAGUGGAGCGGACUUGGGCAACGGCGAUACGCAAGAGAGCAGUGGCUAAUUCCUUCAUCAUCUGCGGAGUCCUCUACACAAUUAACAGUUAUUCCAAUCAGAAUGCAGUCAUCAAUUUUGCCUACAACACGAACACAAACAGCAGCAAGGCACUGGCGAUCCAGUUUGAGAACCGCUACCGAUAUAACAGCAUGGUUGAUUAUAAUCCAGCGGAAAAGAAGAUCCUGGCUUGGGACAAUUUUAACAUGGUCAUGUACGACAUUAAACUCUCCAAGAUGUGAGGAUGUCAGAUUAUCUCCUUCAUGGACAAACAGUUGCAUUAUGUUCCCCACUUCUUUUAUAUACAUGUAUAGAUUAUGGCUAGUUGAAAUGCAGCAGUAAUUUGUACACCGAUUUCAUGGCAGAGAAUGCACGUUGAAACAUUAGUAAAAUUAAAAUGACUGGAACAAGAAGAAGUAGUUCAGAUGCUGGAAAUCUGGGUUCCGAUGCAAGGACACAGAACUGAAGUGUUACGUUUCUCUCCUGAGUUUUUACACCAUUUUCUAUUUGUUUUAUUAAACCCAAGUUUGGACAGUUA